UCAGCUGUUUUACCGGCCUGUUUUUCAACAAAUGUUUUCAUAACGCGCUUUUGAUCGGCAUUCAAAUUUAAUUGAAUUGGUCAAUCUUAUCAGGAAGACUUAAACGAAGCCAUGUGGACAAGGACGCACUGCCUCUGGCGCAGCGUUGGGCGUCUAAGCCGCCAACUGUGCACCACGAGCGUUUCGCAGGCGAGGAUAUUUGCCGAUCGCGAGAAUCAGUUCGCCCACGGCGUCCUAAUGGACUCCCUGAAACCCUACCAGAUCCUGCGGCCCAGGGACACCGGCUGGCAGGAUCUGCCCGCCUCAGAGGGCUUCAUGCGGCCCCAGAGCGACGCAAGUCCAGCGGAUCUCUACGCGGACUUCCAGGGCCUGGUGAGGGACUGCGUCCGGCUGGAACUACAGGUCAGCGAUGCCCGGUACGAUGCCUUUGCCCGCUGCUACUGCGAGCAAAUGCAUCGCCUCACAGACGAACAGCUCCUGGGAUCGCUGAGCGCCCUGGCCGAGCUGCCCACACCGGAAUCGCCCAAAACGCACAACUACAUGGAGCUGUGGAACACCAUGGACAUCGAGUGCUGUCGCCGCAUCGAGCGCUGGUCCAGCGAGCAGCUGCUGCUCGUGAGCGACGCCUGGUACCGCCUGGGUCUGGUCAGGAUCGGGGAGUACGUGUGGCUGGCCCUCAAGAAGCUGGGUCGCCGGCUGCGCAAACUGCCGCCAGAGCAGCUGGUCCACGCCAUGUUCCUGUGCAACCUGCUGCGCCGCACCGUCUUCGAGAUGUUCGACUUUGAGCUGAAUCUGGCCCGCUGCGUGGACCAGAUGACCCUUGGCGAGCUGGGCGUCAUGGCCAUGGGCUUUUUCAAGACACAGACACCGAUUAGGAAUCCGGAACUGCUAGCGCAGAUCUACCAGCGGCUGGGCAGCGAACUAGACACCGUGGAGGACAUUGCCCUGGUGGCGCUGCUCAAGGUGCUGCGCUACAGCAGCAAGCUGCCCCAAGUGGAGGCGCUCAAGCGGCUGCUCGUCGACCUGGAGCCGCAGGUGGAGCGCGUGUCGCUGCUCACCUGCCUGCACAUGGCGCUUCUCGGCUGCGAGCUGCAGACCUGCAACGAUGCGCUGGUGGAACGCAUCCUGCUAAGAUUCGAGCGGGAAGUGGAGACAGCCCGCCUGAAAGACAUGGAGCGCAUUUGCCUGGUAAUGGCCCUGUUCAAUCUGAAGAGCACUUCGGGGGUGGAGCGUCGCUUGGCGGAGCGGCUGCCCGACUUGCUGCGCCAGCGGAUGGAGGAGAUCCUGCGUCAUCCGCGUUGCUUCACCAACUGCCUGCAGUUCCUCACAAUGCGUGGUGUCUACGACCUGGAGCUGCUGGGCGUGGCCCUGGAGCCGCGCUUCGUGCAGCACGCCUACCGCAGCGGACUGCCGGGGCGGGAGUACUUCCACCUGGACGGAUUCGUCCGUCUCCUGGGCGCCGAUGAGUACCAGGGAGCGCUGCUCAGCGAGCGGCAGCGGCAGCAGAUGGGCCGCCUCUACACGCAGUACAUGCCCGAGCGGGACGGCCGCUUCAAGUUGACCAGCACCGAUCGCAUCCUGGUGGAGAUUCGGGAUGCGGUCUCCCAGCUCCACCGCGCCGUCACCUUCAAGCACAUCCUGCCGCAUUACGAUCGAUGCGAUGUGGUGCUCUGCUACGACCACCGCCAGCGGAGAGCCGUGCCCUUGGACGCGGAGGCCUGCCAGGAUUACAGUGGGGAGAUUCUCACCCGCAGGCAUCUGCUGGGCGAGAGCAGGGCAGCGGAUGACCAGCUGGCCACCGUGGCCAUCGUUGUUGCGGGCUGGAACAAUGUGAUCCGCGAAAAGGAUCGCUUCACAGGACAAAUGGAUAUGAAGCUGAGGCAGCUCCGGCAAUUGGGACAUCACCCGUUGGUGAUCUAUUGGCACGAAUGGCGGGAGCUGGAAACAUCAACGGACCGCCAGGACUUCCUCAGACGUCGCCUCAGCCAAGUGGCCAAGAUUUAGGACAUCGGCCGCUUUCAAU